AUGGCCUGCUGCUCCACUAGCUUCUGUGGAUUUCCCACCUGUGCCACCAGUGGGAACUGUGGCUCCAGCUGCUGCCAGCCCAGCUGUUGCCAGACCAGCAGCUGCCAGCCCAGCUGCUGCCAGACCAGCAGCUGCCAGCCCAGCUGCUGCCAGACCAGCAGCUGCCAGCCCAGCUGCUGCCAGACCAGCUGCUGCCAGCCAACCUGCUGCCAGACCAGCUGCUGCCAACCAACCUGCUGCCAGACCAGCUGUUGCCAGCCAACCUGCUGCCAGACCAGCUGCUGCCAGCCCAGCUGCUGUGGGACCAGCUGUGGCACUGGUGGUGGCCAGGAGGGUGGCUGCGGAGCUGUGAGCUGCCGAGUCAGGUGGUGCCGCCCUGACUGCCGCGUGGAGGACACCUGCCUGCCCCCCUGCUGCGUGGUGAGCUGCACGCCCCCAACCUGCUGCCAGCUGCACCAUGCCCAGGCCCCCUGCUGCCGCCCAUCCUACUGUGGACAGUCCUGCUGCCGCCCAGCCUGCUGCUGCUACUGCUGCCAGCCCAGCUGCUGCCAGCCCACCUGCUGUGAGCCCACCUGCUAA